AUGGGCCGCAUCGUCGUGACAGGCGGUUCCGGCAAAGCAGGUGGCACGGUCAUCACGGAGCUCCUCGAAGCCGGACAUACAAUCCUCAACCUGGAUCUGAUGCCAAUGACCCAUCCAGCCGUACACACACUCAAGACCGAUCUCACGGACAGCGGCCAAGUCUUCAACGCGCUCGCCGGUCAAUGGUCCCUGAGUGAGCCCUUCCCCGAGGGUCUACCACCACGCCCAGACGCCGUGAUCCACCUAGCAGGCUACGCACGGAACAUGCUAGUGCCCGACAACGAAGCCUAUCGUGCCAACACGCAGGGCACGUACAACAUCAUCGACGCGGCCUGCAAAUUGGGCAUUCCCAAGGUGAUCCUCGCCAGCAGCACCGCCGUCUACGGAGUAUCCUUCGCCCAGGGCGACGUGAACUACCCUUCCUUCCCGAUCGACGAGGACCAAGACGUCAAUCCGACCGAUACCUACGCGAUCGCGAAGCUCUGCGACGAGCGUGUCGCGCGCGGGUUCGCCGCCCGCUAUGGCACGGACAUCUACAGCCUGCGCAUUGGCCACGUCUUCGGGCCGGACGAGUACAACGGGGAUAUCUUCUACGGGUAUGUCCACGAACCGCAUCAGUGGAAGGUGCACGGGUGGUCGUACACCGAUGCGCGGGAUCUGGGCGGGAUGUGCGAGGCGGCGCUGCGGACGAGCGGGCUGGGAUAUCAAGUGUUCAAUGCGACCAACGAUACGAUCACGAAUCUGAUGCACACGGAGGAAUUCUUGCGCUCGCAUUAUCCGGAGACGCCAAUUACGCGCCGCCUGGAGAAGUUUGAGGCACCGUUGAGCAAUGCGAAGAUCAAGCGGUUGUUGGGGUUUCAGGAGCAGCAUCCGUGGCGGAAGUAUUUUACUCUUUGGGAUAAGAAACCAGUGGCGAUGCGGGCGGAUGGGCCCGUUUCUUCAACUUGA